AUAUUCUAAAAAGCAUUAUUAACUACAGGUGCUGGCAUACAAUGCGCUAGUUUUGGCGCUUUUUUUGGGUUCAACAAUCGAUAUGUCGUUACUUCGUUGUGUUUUAUCAUCAUCACGUCCCCUAUCCAUGAGGUUGGUUGGCUUAAAACCCAUACCACGAAGUGAUGGGGUAAAGAUGAUCGUGAGAUGGGGAUCAGGAGGACCCAGGAUGUUGAGAUACAGGAUGAUUCUUGGAUCGCAACACGAGUACUUCAAGAAACUAGUGUUUCAAUACUUCCUGAUCGGAGCGAUUCCAGCAGCUGCAAUAAUUCUCUACAGCAACUUAUUUGUGGGUGAUGCUGUUCUAUGUGACCAUGACCCUGAGUUAUAUGAACCAGAGGAAUAUGAAUACUAUAAACACCCAAUAUCAAGAUUCCUUGCCAAGUAUGUGAUGGAAAAUCCCAAGAUUAGUUAUUACAAAGAGAUCUACAUCAUUGAACGUAACCAAAGAAUAGAAAGACAGCGGAGACUUAUCAACCAAGUGGAAACCCUGCAAGCACUUGAAGGCAUGGGAGCUUUCCCUCUCCACAAGGAUCCUUCUUUACCCAGGUUUAUGGUUGAUGAUUUGGACGACUUCGCUGAAGCUCACAACUUCAAAGAUAAUCCCGAUAAAAAGUUUUAAGUUUCAUCUGACAUUUGAAUAAAUUAUGUUUUCUUGA